AUGGAUUCGAAAUCUUCAAAAUCUGUCACGGCAAACAAUGAUCCGUUAGAAAGAGCAAACAUCAAUCUCAACUCAGGUGAUACCCAUUUUAGAUUAGCAGAGUAUAAAAAGGCUAUAACCUAUUACAUUGAAUAUAGGGAAAUUUGCACUGAAAUUGGCAAUUUUCAAGGGUUAGCAACUGCCUGUGAGAAACAAGGUUCUGCCUGUUUACAUCUAGGGCAGCAUGAGGAGGCUAUCGAGUAUUUUGCAACAAGCUUAGAAAUUUCCAUUCAAUUUGACAAUCACUCAGGAGAGGCUACUAACAAUGGCAAUUUAGGCACUGCCUAUUAUAGUUUAGGAGAGCAUGACAAAGCUAUUGACUAUUUCAAAAAAGGUUUUGAAAUUAGUGCUGCUAUUGGCGACAAAUCAGGAAUGGCAGAAAUUAAUGGCAAAUUGGGCAGUGUUUACCUUAGUUUAGGAGAAUAUGAGAAAGCUAUUGACUAUUUCAAAAAUGGUUUAAAAAUGAAUAUUGCCAUUGGUGAUAAGUCAGGAAUGGCCGAUAACAAUGGCAAUUUGGGCAAUGUUUAUCUCAGAUUAGGAGAAUACGUAAAAUCCGUUGGCUAUUUAAAAGAAGGUUUAGAAUUGAGUACUGCUAUUGGUGAUAAGCCAGGUAUAGCAAGUAAAAAUUGCAAUUUGGGUAAUGCCUACCUUCGUUUGGGAGAGUAUGAGAAGGCUAUAGCCUAUUUUAACAAAGGUUUAGAAAUUAGAACGGCUAUUGGCGAUAAAUCAGGUAUAGCAACUAUAAAUGGCAAUGUGGGCAAUGUUUACCUUAUGUUAGGAGAAUAUGAGAAAGCCAUUGACUAUUUUAAAAAGAGUUUAGAAAUGCGAACUGCUAUCGGCCAUAAAUCAGGAAUAGAAACUAACUAUGGCAAUUUAGGCAAUGCUAACCUUAGAUUAGGAGAAUAUGAGAAAGCCAUUAGCUAUUUUAGAAGAGGUUUAGAAAUCAGUACUGCUAAUGGCAAUAAGUCAGGAAUGGCAGCUAACAUUGGCAAUUUGGGUAAUGCCUACUUCUAUUUAGGAAAAUAUGAGGAAUCCAUUGAAUGUUAUAUAAAAGGUUUAGAAAUGAGUACUGCUAUAGGCGACAAGUCAGGAAUAGCGACUAAAAAUGGGAAUUUGGGCAAUGCCUACCUUACUCUAGGCGAAUAUGAGAAGUCCAUUGACUAUUUCAAAAUAGGUUUGGAGAUGAGUACAGCUAUUGGUGAUAAGUCAGGAAUUGCAACUAACAAUAGCAAUUUAGGCCUGACCUACCAUAGUUUAGGACAAUAUGAAAAAGCCAUUGAGUAUUUCAAAAAAGGAUUAGAGAUAAGUUCUGUUAUUGGCGAUAAAUCAGGUAUCGCAAGUAACAAUAGCAACUUUGGUAAUGCUUACCAUAGUUUAGGAGAAUAUGAAAAAGCCAUUGAGUAUUUCAAAAAAGGUUUAGAAAUCAGUAUCGCUAUUGGCGAUAAGUCAGGAAUGGCAAGUAACAAUGCCAAUUUAGGCAUGACGUACGUUAGUUUGGGACGAUAUACCAAGGCCAUCGACUGUUGCAAAAAAGGUUUAGAAACGAGUACUGCUAUUGGUGAUAAGUUACAAAUAGCAAGAAACAGUGAAAGGUUAGGUUUAGCCUACCUCAAUUCAGGAGAGUUUGAGAAAUCUAUUGACUAUUUCAAAAGAGGUUUAGCAAUGAGUACUGCUAUUAGCAAUAAGUCAGGAAUAGCGAGCAACAAUUGCAAUUUAGGAAUUGCUUAUCUUAAAUUAGGAGAAUGCGCGAAAUCCAUUCGUUAUUGCACAAAAGGUUUAGAAAUAAGUGCAGCUAUUGGCGAUAAGUCAGGAUUAGCAAAUAACAAUGCCAAUUUGGGUAAUGUCUACCUUAAAUUAGGAGAAUAUGAGAAAGCUAUUGACUAUUUUAAAAAAAGUUUAGAGAUGAGUACUGAUAUUGGCCAGACGCGUGCAGUUGCCUCUAACAAUGGCAAUUUAGGCAAUGCCUACCUUAGCCUUGGAGAUUAUAAAAAAGCCGUUGACUCUUUCGAAACUAGUUUAGAAAUGAGUACUGUCAUUGGUGACAAGUUAGGAAUAGAAAAUAAUUAUUGCAGCUUAGGUCUUGCUUAUCUUGAAUUAGGAGAUUAUGAGAAAUCCAUUCAAUAUGGCAGAAAAGGUUUAGAAAUUAGUACUUCUAUUGGUGACAAGGCAGGAAUAGCAAAAAACACUGGUAAUUUGGCAAAUGCCUACCUUAGUUUAGGAGACUAUGUGAAAGCCAUUGACUAUUGCGAAAAAGGCUUGGAAUUGAGUCGUGCUAUAGGCGAUAAGACAGGAAUAGCGAUUGGGAAUGGCAAUUUGGGCAAUACUUACCUUAGCUUCGGAGAGUAUGAGAAAGCUAUUGACUAUUACAAAAAGGGUUUAGAAAUGAGUACGGCUAUAGGGUAUAAGUCAGGCAUAGCAACAAACAAUGUCAAUUUGGGCAUCGCCUACCGUUGUUUGGGAGAAUACGUGAAAGCUAUUGAUUACUUCGAAAAAGGUUUGGAAAUAAGUACUAAUAUUGGCAAUAAAUCAGGAAUCGCAAGUGCGAAUGGCGGUUUGGGCAGUACUUAUAGAUGCUUGGGAGAAUAUGAAAAAGCUAUUGAUUACCAAAAAAAGUGUUUAGAAAUUAGUACUGCUAUUGGCGAUCAGUUAAAAAUAGCAAUGGUCAAUAACAAUAUGAGCAAUGUUUAUAGAAGUUUAAGACAAUAUGAAAAAUCCAUUGACUGUUCCAAAAAAAGUUUAGAAAUGAGUACUGCCAUUGGCAAUAAGUCAGCAAUAGCACAUAGCAAUUGCGAUUUGGGCAAUGAUUACCUUAGCUUUGGAGAAUACGAGAAAGCUAUUGACUAUUACAGAAAGGCAUUAGAUAUUAAUACUGCAAUUAGCGAUAAAUCUGGAAUAGCAACUCAGAAUGGCAAUCUGGGCAAUGCCUAUCUUCGAUUAAGAGAAUACGAGAAAGCCAUUGACUAUUACAAGAAAGGUUUGGAAAUAAGCAUUGCCAUUAAUGAUCCGUCACUCUUAGCAAGUAGUAAUAAGAAUUUGGGAGCUGUACAUCGAUGUUUAGCAAUUAUUGAUAAACAUGCACCUAUAUUGGAAAAAAUGGUCAGAGGUCGAGAUUGUCCGUGGUUAACCUCCGAGAUCAAAUCCAAAAUACGGAACCGUGAUUUCCUCCUGAAGAAAGCAAAAACAAGUGGAAAGGCUGCUGACUGGUUAGCAUACAAAAAAUUACGUAAUAGUAUCACAUGUGCGAUAAGGAAAAGUAAAGCAAACCAUAAUAGAUCUCUUCUCAACGAAAACGUAAACACUCCUACAGUAUUCUGGAACCAAAUCAAACGGUCUUAUCCUGUAAAAGAAGAGAAAACGAUGACCACCAAGAUUUUUGACAUAAAUGGAUUUAAAACAUCUGAUAAAAAUGCUAUUGCCAAUGGUUUCAGCACGUAUUUCACGAAUGUAGGAAAAACGCUACAGGCGUCCUUAGUCACCCUUGGAAACACUGUUUGGGAAAGUCACGAUCAUGCCAAUUUAUCGAAAAUAAUUAACCCAAAGGAAUCACAAUUCAAUUUUGAAAAGAUAUCUGCCCACGACUUAGUUAACAUUUUGAGGCAACUAAAACGAUCCAAAGCUGCGGGUUAUGAUAAUAUCCCAACAUCAAUGAUUAAGGACUGUGCUGAAGAAAUUGCAGUUCCUUUAACCUAUCUUAUAAAUUCGUGCUUAGAAGAAUCUGUCUUUCCUCAAGCUGAAAAAUGUGCAAAAAUUACUCCAGUUUUUAAAUCAGGUAACCGAUCUUCCAUGGAUAACUACAGGCCCAUAUCGGUUCUUCCAGUCUUAUCUAAGGUGUUCGAAAGAGUUGUUCAAAAUCAAUUGUACCAAUACCUUGAGAAGAAUUCACUCUUAUCUAAAAACCAAUUCGCUUUUAGAAGAAAUAGGUCAACACAACAUCCUGUGACUUAUUUUUCGGACUACAUCAGAAAACAUAUGGAUCAGGGCGAGUUAACCGGGGCAGUAUUUAUCGACCUAAAAAAAGCUUUCGAUACAAUAGAUCAUGGGCGUCUUCUUUCAAAACUUCCAUGCUAUGGUAUCAGUGGAAGAGAGCUUAUAUGGUUUGAAAACUACUUGUUUAAAAGGGAACAAUUUGUUUCGUAUGAUUCGGCAAGCUCUGUAAGACAAACAGUUCUUACUGGUGUCCCACAAGGGUCAGUGCUUGGCCCUCUGCUCUUUGUGUUACUUAUCAACGAUAUCGACAUGCAAUUACAGAGCUGCAAAAUCCUUCUUUACGCUGAUGAUACGGUAAUUUUCACAUCCAAUAAAUCGUGUGAAACUAUUCAAUCAAAUCUAAAUGCAGAUCUUACCAAACUUACUUACUGGUUUUCGGUCAAUAAGCUCGUUGUAAACCUCAAGAAAGGAAAAACCGAAUUUGUGUUGUUUGGAACAAAUAAAAAGUUAAGUAAAUCAACACAAGUUGAAGUAAUGAUGAAUGGAACCAGCGUAAAUGAAGUCGAUUCGUAUGACUACUUGGGUGUCCUAUUGGACAAGUCUUUAAAUUACAAUAAACACAUUCACAGAAUUAUUAAAAAAGCCUCAGGGAGAGUCAAGCUCUUGUCACGCAUUCGACAAAAUAUUAGCCCAUAUGUUGCUGAGAUGAUUUAUAAAGUGAUGAUAGAACCAACCAUUUGUUAUUGCAGCAAUCUGUUUCUUAGUAUAUCUAACACUGCAAAUUCCCGGAUUCAACAAAUUCAAGAUCGUGCUUUUAAAAUCGUUCACAGGAAAAAUGAAACCGUAAACCGCUGGUGCUAUAUAAGAAAUGUGAUGAAACAACAUUGUGUACAAGAAGUCUUUAAAAGUUUAAAUGGUCUCGCACCUGAGGUCUUUAACGGCACCUUUGAAAAAAUUUCCCAUCAAAAGGAAACAAGAGGGAACAAUUCAAAAUUGCGAUUACCAAAAGUAAAAACUGAAUCUGGACGAAAAAUGUUUUCAUUUCAAGUGUAUAUUAUUAUUAUUAUUAUUAUUAUUUCUCUGGGGCGCAUUCAAUCUGCAUUAUUAGUCAUUGACCUUGGAAGGGCUAAAGAACUUCAUUGCUCCAUUGAAAGAAAAAAUAAAUCUUUGAAUACAAAAAUGUUCGGUUAUGCAAAUGCAGGAUGGAAGAGAAUCAGGAAUAGUGAAGAACAGGUAGAAAUAGAAGAAUUACAGAGCAUCCUCCAGGUAAGCAGUAACGAUACUUCCAUUAUAGUAUUUGCUUUCGAUUUGCAAGGUUUUCUCAAUGUUUGGGUGUUGAAUGAAGAAGUAAUCUUUAGAGUAUCAAAAUCAGAAGCACGUUUGGAAACAUUUGUGCAACUGAUAAGUGAAUUGUUCAGAAUGGUGAAUGUGAAUGUUAAUCGAGAUUCUUCGUUUUUCGAACUCGAUUCAGUGGCCAGUAUUGAUGAAAAAUCGAUUCUUCCUUUGCACGUUUUUAAAGAGAAAUCUCCGUGUAAAAAUCAGUUUGAGAAACCUUCUGUUGGUGAUGAUGAUUUAAACCAAGACGGUAUUUUGAAAACAUUGUUUAAACUGCUGAUUGACCCUGUAAGCGAUGUGUUUAAAGGCAAUAAGCUUAUAGUUGUUCCGGACAAGCAAUUGUUUUUUGCCCCAUUUUCGUCAUUGAUUGAUGAAAAUGGUUGUCAUUUAUCCCACAGUUACAGCAUUCAAGUUACGCCAUCAUUACACACUCUAAGGUUUAGCACUGAACGCUCUCAAGAUCUGGGCCUUGGUUUUGCGUUGUUUGUUGGUAAUCCAACCGUUGGAACGGUUUCCUUAAAUGGAAAAGAAUUUUCACCCUCUGCCCUACCAAAUGCUGCUAGAGAAGUUGAAUGUCUUUCGAAGCUUUUCAAUGCUAGACCCUUGGUGGGGCGUGAAGCUAGAAAACAGGUUGUACUGGAUCUUUUAUCUGGGGGUAGCAUAAUCCAUAUCGCUGCUCACGGUGAACAACUUCGAGGUGAAAUAAUGCUUUCCCCUAACGUUUCUUCGACUCGGCCAUUUUCGACUCUUCCUUAUCCAGACGACUACCUUCUCUCACAGAAGGAUAUUGUAAAUACUUCUUUGCUAGCUAGCUUGGUAGUUUUAUGCUGUUGCCAUACCGGGCAAGGUGAGAUUUCUUCCGAAGGUGUCAUAGGUAUUGCUCGGGCAUUUAUUGCAGCCGGGGCUCGCACUGUUCUCGCCACACUAUGGCCCAUUAGUGAUGAUGCCACGAAAGAGUUUAUGGAAGUAUUUUAUGGUGAGUUGUGCCAGGGAACAACGGUUUGUGAAGCCCUAAGGAAGACAAAGAAUCUCUUCCAAAAACACCAAAUCCAGGCAUACCGGUCUUACAAAAUCUGGGCCCCAUUUACCAUUUACGGGGAGGACGUGGUUUUUCAGAAACAUGUCAUCGAAAAUAUCAGAGAUAAAUCGCGUGACAUGUUCUCUGGUUUUGUUGUAUUACCCUAAGGUUUGUAAGUAUAAUAAUCAUAUAGCUUUGUUUAGCCAGUAUCGGAUUUGAAAUAUUCAGUUUUUUAAAUCAAAAUAGGUAGACAUUUCCUCUCUUCAAAGUGUGAUAGUGCAUUGGACGAAGUACGAUUGGUAUGCAGUUUUGCAGUUAUCGCCAAGCCGUAAGUAUAUAUCAAUUUCAAUUCAAAUGUGAUUUAAGAAUUCCCUAUCCCCAUUAUUUGCAUACUUGUUCCCUGUUCCCAUUAUUUGCAUACGCUGGUCCCAAG